AUGGCCCCGAGACGGUACGCGCCCGUCGACCCACGACCGCCGAAUACCUCGGUGCAGGACCUUCAACUCCUUCAUUGUCGUGUCGAACGUCGUCGACCCAAACCGAAGAGUAAGCGCCCGCCCGGGUAUUACCAGAACCUCAUCGAGCGACACGAUAACCUGAAGGCUACGAUCAAACAUAGGUAUGCCGAUGCGACGAAGGACAAUCUUUCGGGUAUCAAAAGCAAGUUUGUCAGGUUCUGUGAUGAUCAGCUCAGGAAGAAUUGGCGCUCUGUGAUCCGGGACUGCUCCCUGGGGACCACGCUGGCAUUCCUCAAGCACAUCCACGACGAGGACAGGGUGAGCAAAAGGGGUGCGAUGCAACAAUACAUAGCACAGUUCAAGAUGCUAUUCAACCGAGAGAAUGGCCGUCACAUGGAUACCAAUAUUGGGAAAGAGGCCCUGAAGUACAUCGACACGUUCGGGCUUGAUAAUACUGUCAAGUCGAAGCCUGUCCUGGGCGUGGACGACCUGCUGCUCUUACUCAACCACCACUGGGCCCGUGACACCUCUACAUUCCCCACCGAGCGGCACCGGGUGCAGUUCGCACUGAUCCUGCUCCUCCUCUUUGGCACCGGUUGUCGGCCUGCCGAGCUAGUCGAUGCCAAAAAGAAGAGAAGAGACGAUACCGGUUCUGAGGACGAUGAUCUGGACGACGACGAUAGCCUUGCCGUUGAGAAGAGUGAUAACGGUUUCGGUACCGAGGGCGAUACGGACUUCCGUGGCCGCAACGACGAUGCUCUUGAAGGCGUCGCCGCUACGAGUGGGGUUGAAGAGGACAUUAGACAUUAUGACGCGAUCUGCUAUGAGGAUGUGCGCCUGCUGGUUGUGCGCAGUCCCGGCGACGGAGAGCGGGAUGUGCUCGCUAUGGAGGUUACGAUGGCUCACCACAAAGGACACAAGAGACGCCCAAAGCCUACGAUAUUCUUCUUUACCGAAGUAGACGACCCGAUCUUCUGUCCCAUCACGCACCUCGUCUCCCUCGCCCUCGCAGACGGCGCGUUUGAGGCGCCGAGCCUGACGACUCCCAGGCGGGUCUUUGAGCACAAGGUCUGGGGCCCAGUCUUGUGCACGCCGCUGCGCUGGAAGCAGGAAAGGCUCAAGACGCCCAUCUUCCGUCGAGAGGAGGGCAGCGCUAACCCCUCGCUAGAGAGGGCUCUUCCAUACUCUCAGUUUAAGCACUGCCUUAACCGCCUCGGGCUUGCGGCGGGCUUCAAGGAUACGCUGACCAGCUACUGCUUUCGACGUGGGACCGCAAAUGUCGUUGAUCGUACUGCCACCGAUGCCGUUCGGGACCAGGUCAUGCGACACAACCCGAACUCGGCCGUAUAUAAUGGGUCCUAUAUCAAUGAGCGGGUGUGGUUUGACGUCCAGUCCGCCGUCCUCGAGCGUCCCUCGGCAGACGGCGUCCUUCGCAUGCUGACGCACAUGAGUCUCAUGCGCGAUCCCCGCGCCCCGAUUCACGUCCCUGACGACGUCCUGGCCGCGCUCCCUCCCGAUCCAGAUGUCACCGCACUUGAGCAGGAGCGAGAGAAGUUGAAGGCCGGGGCAUACAGAGUUCAAGGGACGGACGUGGAGGCAGAAGUCCGGCGACUCACCACCGCAAUCGGUAGUGCUAGGAGCAGGCGUCGAAACAUCAUCUCUGAAGAAUACCGGGCAGACUACUUCCGCCGCCGCCCGACGGAAGACAUUGAGAAGCAGAACAGCGGACAGGAGGAGGAAGAGUAUAUCGAGCCAGUGGUUCAGCAUCAGAUCCCCCAAAGGACGCAGCUGGCUGACCUCAUCUGUACUCGCGUUACAAACAUCACCCCGCAAGACGCUAUCGAUCGCCGGAUUCAGGCCGCCGAUUUCAUGCAGGCUCUCUGCGGCUGUCGUGAGGUAGCCCCACGAUACCGACUUCGCGUCGCCCUUCCUCUACCAACUCUUUUCAAAGAAGAGUCCCCUGAGGUCGGACCCCUCGCUCCUGUCUUCCCCCUCGUCUGUGGCAAGACUCAGUGCCUGUUCUGUAUUGGCGACGAAUUGAAGAGCUACGAAGAGCGGAUGGGCUCCUUUUGCCGCGUUUCUAAGAUGAGGGAUCACGUCGAACGUAUUCACUUGCAAGGUAUCGUACCGGAGGAGAAAUUUCCCUGUUACCAUCCCGUAUGCAAGUCUCAAGGGCUAGUCCUCGAGCACUUGCAGCAUUUCAAAAAUCACAUACAGACCGUCCACGGGGUCAGCCUUCGAGAGUAG